AUUGUAUUCACACAGAUACAGUAGAACAUUUAUCGUCUUGAUUGUAGUAGAAAAUGUCCGUCAUGUAUGCGCAGCAAAAUCCAACUAAAAUCAGUCACAUGCCUGUGAACGUUGAUGAAAUGUGGAAAGCGAGUCACGGAUGUAAGGUCAAUAGAUCAGCAAAACUACAGCGGUUUACUGAUGAAAUUCAACUCGAGGUGGGUUCUACAGCUGUAGUCACUAAAGCUUAUGACCAUCUACUCCAGCGUAAGGUGGCAUUGAAAAGAAUGAAAGUGGACCACACCAUGCACCACGAGAUCAGAGAGUAUAGAAUGGGCAAGGCUAUCGGUGUACAUCCAAAUGUGGCCACAAUGUAUGAGAAUGUAUAUACAUCAGCCGACGAGGCGUGUCUGGUGAUGGAGUGCGCAGAUGGAGGAAAUCUAGUAGACAUGCUGGCAAACCGCAACAAAGGACUGGGCAUCGAUGGGUUUAAAAUUAUAGCACGCCAACUGGCAGCAGGAGUUUCACACAUGCAUAAGAAAGGAAUCGCACACCGUGAUAUCAAAUCAGACAACAUCUCAUUGUCGUCGGAUACUUGCAAUUUCAAGCUCUUGGAUUUCGGCGAAAGCCAGUUUGCAAGCGAGUAUGUGGACAUUUUAAAGUGUGGGACGUUAGCGUAUAUAUCACCUGAGCUAAUUUCGGAAAUCGAGAGGUACAAUAGUCAGUACAACACAAGGGGACUGGAUUUUGAUCUACUCGCUGCCGACGUGUGGUCAUUGGGUAUCACCUUUUAUUCCAUCUGCACAGCCCAAAUACCUUUCACAUGUGCGAGCGUACGAGAUUCAGGUUUCAGGAAUUAUUUGAGAGAUGAUAUCAUGGGGUCGAAAAGGACAUGGCGGUCCGUCGAUCGAUACUUGCAGACUCUAUUAAUACACAUGUGUGAUCCCGAGCCAACUACGCGCUGGACAAUGUCUGAAGUUGUUGAAUACUUAGAUACCUUGUAGGUUUGUUGACGAAGAUGAGAAUCUGAGGCUGCCAGGUUGAUCCUUGCGAGCUUAUAUACAGCACUGAUACUGAAAUAUAUUAAUGAAUAGAAAAUAUAAAAUAUAAAACUACAUACUAUAAAUCUUCAAUUUUAAUUGCGAUUGUAUCACCCCAUUUCACAUCUCCAGGGUACUCUACGCGCAUGAGCACAAGUCAGUUAGCAGCUAGAUCGGCACGUGACUUAUAGUGUGCAGGUCUUAAAUCGUUGUGUAUGGACAUGAGAGUAUCUUCGUGAGGACUGUCUUCUUCUACCCAAUGAUAAAAUCUGGCUGGUCCGAAC